CACUCAACACUCAUUGCUUAUCCAUACAUUUCAUCCAGUUUCAAGCUAGCUCGGAAACAAAAUCGUAGCAAUGGUUGCCAUCACCUAUGAUAUUGAGAUCCCAUCGUCAGUCCCAGCUGCGAAGAUGUUUAAGGCCAUGGUGCUCGAGGCUGACAAUCUCAUCCCCAAGAUCAUGCCUCAGGCCAUCAAGAACGUCGAGAUAUUGGAAGGAGAUGGCGGCAUUGGGACUGUGAAAAUCAUCCAUUUUGGGGAAGGGAGUCAGUAUAAGAGCGCUAAGCACCGUGUGGAGGCCAUCGACAAAGAGAACUUGACACACACCUACAGCAUCAUUGAGGGUGAUGCUCUUGCUGGAGUCCUUGAGUCCAUUACUUAUCACAUCAAAAUCGUCCCAACCGAAGAUGGAGGAAGCAUCUGCAAGAACAGGAGCAUUUACAACACCAAAGGCGACAUCGAGAUUAAUGAGGAGAAGAUCAAAGAGGGGAAAGAGAAGGCCAUGGCUAUGUUCAAAGCCAUUGAGGCAUAUGUUCAAGCCAAUCCCGACUGUUAGAAGUUGAAAAGCCUUUGUGAGUGAGUGAAUGAAAGAAUAAGAUGAGGUGUAACUGAAUAAGAUGUUUUUGUUGUAAUUGUGGUGAUUUAUUUUCUGAGUGUGGAAUGAUCGUUUUAUAAUAAGAAGUUUGUUAAUUUUGUUA